CAACUGCUGGGGAGUGCCAAGAGUCCCUAGCAACACCCUGCAGCUUUUGAAAUCUGAGGGGAAAAGACUGUAGUCAGCCCUUAAUGGAUGAGAGCACCUAUGCUCCAGAAAGAGCAGGCUCCCAGGAUGGACACCCCGCCCCCUGAAGAACGCUUAGAGAAGCAAAAUGAAAAAUCGAACAACCAGGAAGAGGAGAUGGAGUUUAAGGAACUGGACGGCCUGAGGGAAGCCUUGGCAAACCUCCGGGGACUGUCAGAGGAGGAGAGGAGCCAGAAGGCUAUGCUUUGCUCCCGCAUUGAAGAGCAGUCCCAGCUCAUCUGCAUCCUGAAGCGGAGGUCAGAUGAGGCCCUGGAGCGCUGCCAGAUCCUAGAGCUGCUCAAUGCGGAGCUGGAGGAGAAGAUGAUGCAGGAGGCUGAGAAGCUCAAGGCCCAGGGUGAGUACAGUCGGAAGCUAGAGGAACGCUUUAUGACCCUAGCAGCCAACCACGAGUUGAUGAUCCGCUUCAAGGAUGAAUACAAGAGUGAGAACAUCAAGCUGAGGGAGGAGAAUGAGAAGCUGAGGCUGGAGAAUAGCAGCCUCUUCAGCCAGGCUCUGAAAGAUGUGGAGGCAGAAGUAUUACAGCUCACAGUCCGGUGUGAGGCCCUCACUGGGGAGCUAGAAACGCUGAAGAAGAGGUGUGCUCAGGAUGCCUGCCAGGCACAGGCGCGCGAGAAGGAGCUGCUGGAGCUACAGAGCCAGCAGGCCUGCACCCACACCAAGGAAACAGAACAGCUGCGCAGGCAGCUGCAGACCCUCAAGCAGCAGCAUCAGCAGGCUAUGGAGCAGAUGGCUAAGGCAGAGGAGACACACAGCAGCCUGAGCCAGGAGCUGCAGGCCAGGCUGCAGACCGUCACUAGAGAGAAAGAGGAGUUGCUGCAGCUGUCCAUGGAAAGGGGCAAAGUGCUUCAGAACAAACAGGCAGAGAUCUGCCAGCUUGAGGAAAAGUUGGACAUAGCAAAUGAGGCCAGGAAGCAUGCGCUGGAGCGGUUUGAGCAAGAGGCAGUGGCUGUGGACAGCAACUUGAGAGUCAGGGAGCUUCAGCGCAAAGUAGAUGGGAUCCAGAAGGCCUACGAUGAACUCAGGCUGCAGUCUGAAGCCUUCAAAAAGCAUAGCCUGGAUCUUUUAAGCAAGGAGAGAGAACUCAAUGGCAAACUCCGCCAUCUCUCUCCAUAAGGAAGUUUCUGCUUCCUCUGGCCUGCAAUUCAGAAUUCAAAUAUUUGCGUCUUAGCAUUAUGGCAAGAGUAAAGAUGAUAUCCCAUUUAUUAUACUUUCAAGCACAAAAGGGGCAACUCAAAGAAAAGCUACUUUACUAUGAUAUUGUUGUUAUUAUUGUAAAGACAUUAUUAAUUUUCAUUUCUACACCUAGAAUACACAAGAUUUGCCAGAUUUC